AUGUCUCGUCGUCUCGAAGGCAAAGUCGCCAUCGUCACCGGUGCAGCCUCAGGGUUCGGCCGCGGCAUCGCUACCAAAUUCAUCCACGAGGGCGCCAAGGUCAUCGUGGCCGACCUGUCGGUAGAGAGCGGGGAGGCCGUCGCCAGCGAGCUCGGCACCUCAGCAGUCUUCCAGCGAGGCGAUGUGACCCAAAGGGAGGACUGGCAGUCGCUGCUCCAAGUCGCCAUGGAGAAGUUCGGCGGCCUGGACAUUGUCGUUAACAACGCCGGGGCAACGUAUCCCAACAAGCCGACCGAGUCGGUGACGGAAAAGGAUUUUGAUCUUUGUUUCAACGUCAACGUCAAGGCCAUCUGGCUGUCUACGAAUGUGGUGCUGCCUUACUUCCUUGAGAAUGGCAGGCCUGGGUGUUUUAUCAAUAUGGCUUCUACGGCUGGCAUACGGCCUCGACCUGGGCUCGCUUGGUAUAAUGCAUCCAAGGCGGCUGUUAUCAACGCGACCAAGUCAAUGGCCGUCGAGUAUGGGCCCAAGCAGAUCCGGUUCAACUCGGUGUCUCCGGUCUUUGGAAGUGGCACUGGAAUGUCCCAUAUGUUUCUAGGCAAGCCGGACACAGAGGAAAACAGAGCUGGGUUCAUCGCCACUGUUCCCCUCGGCCGCGGGUCGACGCCGGCUGACGUGGCCAACGGGUGCUGUUACCUUGCGAGCGACGAGGCUGCAUUUAUCACAGGUGUGAACCUCGAGGUCGAUGGUGGUCGCUGUAUCUAA